AUGCAACGGCAGCAGCGGCACAGCAUUGAUGAAGAAGUUCUUGCGACAAGUGAGGAGGAGGAGGAAGGAGUGAAGGAGAAUCCUGGCGUCGUCAGUCGUUCGAUACUGAAGAGUGAGGAGUCGGUGGACAUGCGGAAGCUGAGCACGGACCCGCGCCCCGGUGGCACCGGAUCAGCAGCGCGCCGGAUCAGUGUUCCCCGUCUUCAGGACUUGGGCCACCAGCAGACAGGGCUGCGGUCGUUCAGUGGCAGCGAAAAGACGGCGGAGAACUACGCCCUGCUGCUGUCGGCGGUCGUCACUUCCUCCACCCUCUUCCUGCUUGUCCUGUACCAGUGCGUGCUGCAUCAGCGAGAGUCAUGCACGGGAUACGUGCAGUAUGCGAGUAGUCAAGGCUUGGUGGAAGUCGUCGGCCGGUCUAGUCGAUGGCUGGCCAAGCAGCUGACAGACAGUUUUGCAUGGAAAUUUGUCCUGAGCUUUGCUGCGCUGCAGCUCGCGGUACUGAGGUCAUUUCCUGCUGUCAACCAGCACAGGUCAAAGAAGGAUCCCGCCCACGAAACGCGGCCAGACGACUUUAGGUCCGGCGGCGUUUUUGCCUUUUUUGCCAAUCUGCUGUUCUACCUGUUUCUUUCGUGCGUCCACGUGUUCCACAUGUACUCGCUUUACGAUCAUGUCCUCGCCGUGCUGUUCGUUUUCUUGAUCAUCUCGUUCGUGACGGCCAGCUGCCUGGUGCUGCCGGCUGCCAGCUCCACCAGCGCCCCAAAGGGCUGUCUGAACUUCUUGUGCGGAACCCACAAGAACCCCGAAGUGAACGAGCUUUCACUGCGGCAGAUCUUCAGCUCCCGCUUCUACAUGUUGAUGUGGCAACUGGUUCUGUUGUCGUGCGUGUCGAAGCGCUUUGUUCUGUAUGGAGACGUACCCGAUUCAAUGCUGGUCAGCGUUCUGCUACAGCUCCUGUACAUUGCGAAGUACUUUUUUUUCGAACCUAAUUAUCUGAGUACUCAAGAGAUUACGUAUCGACACGUAGGAUUCAUCUAUCUGUGGAAUUCGGUGUUCUUUCAGCCGGCUCUUUGCUGGUGCUCGUCGAUCUACAUGGUUCAGAACGCUUCAGGCAUCGGCCGCAGUGCGUCGAUAGUGCUGGAUUCGUACUUUUUGAAAGCCAGGUACAAAACGCCGUCUGGCCUCAUCAAGUCAAGCCUCUUGCUCGGCAACGGCUGGUGGGGUGUGUGUCGACACCUGAACUACACGACAGAGGUCCUCGCAAUCGCGUUCUGGACCACACCCGUCUGCAGCGCCACCGUUCUGCCGUACGUCUACGUGUUGUACGUCGGCUGCUUCCUACUCGUCCGGUCCUUCCAAGACGACGCUCGCUGUCGAAUGAAGUACGGUAUCUACUGGGAACAGUACUGUCGCCAGGUGCCGUACUCCCUGGUUCCCGCGUUGUGGUAG